AUGUUUUCUGUGAAAUUGGAUGUAUUUAGCUUUGGCGCUUUGGUGCUUGAAAUUGUAAGUGGCACAAGAAAUAGAGGAUUUUCCCAUAGAGAUUACCACCACAACCUUCUUGGACAUGCAUGGAUGCUGCAUAAAGAAGGAAGGUCACUGGAAUUCGUCGAUGAUUACCUUGGCAUUUCACGUUAUUUAUCAGAAGUGCAGAGAUCGAUCCAUGUGGGACUGUUGUCUGUUCAACAAUGUCCAGAUGACAGGCCAAGCAUGUCUUCAGUAGUGUUUAUGCUUGGGAAUGAAGUGGAGUUGCCUCAAGGCUCAAGCUAA